GCGACAGCGUAAUAGAACAGAACACGAGUCUGUUCUUCUGUUCUUCUGUUCUUCAGGUUCCCGGGAAGUUCUGCAUUUCUACAAUGAAGUUCAAUAUUUUCGUCCUCGUGGCUGUCCUGGCCGCCGUCACCAUGGCAACCGCUCGCCCAGACACGGUGCUGGACUUCGAGGGAGAUGAACACCAGCAUCAGCAAGAGGGGGAUGCUGGGAACAAGGUCGAGGGCUCGUACAGCUGGACGUCCCCCGAAGGCGAGGAAUUCUACGUCAGGUACGUGGCUGACGAGGACGGCUACCGGGUGCUGGAGUCCAACGCCGUCCCCGUCAGCCACGGCGGCGCGCAGGCUGACGGCAACCAGGGAGCCUUUGGCGAGGGAGAGGGCGAAGGAGGAGAAGGAGAAAGCGGAGAAUAAGGAACUGGAGAAAAAGAUCCUUCGAGAUUCUGCUUAUUCUUGAAGGCAAUGGCUGGACAUGUUGAUAGAACUGUUCAUACUAUUUAUUUUAGAUUGCACGAGAUUUUUUUGGGCUGAGGUGUAUACGCAAAUAUAGUUCCUUCGAUUAUUUA